AUGAAUGGAGUUCCUGCCCUUUACCGUGUCUUUGCCUCUCCCAGUUUGACAUUCUUCCUUUCGCUAUUAUCGGCCAAGCAUCUCCUUGGAAAUAACAUCGAUGCCAGUAAUACUGGUGUCGACGCCUGGCAAGACUCCCUGGCGCAUCAGGAGCAGUUGAAAUCAUCAUCUCAGACCAAUUUCAUGACAGUGAACCUCGAUUGGAGAGAGGACACUUUGUCAGUGAACGAUGAUGGUGCUCUUGAGAAUGAAAACCGGCGGGUGGGUCUCAAGCCUAUUCAAGCAGAACAUCUUACCCGGUUCCUCGAUUACAUCCUCGGUGCUGCUGUUGAGCCAAAUGGGGCCGGAAUUUCCCAGGCUGUCAUUGGUUUCGACGCCGAGUCUUUAGCUGGUGCAACCGCACCCAAUGGACCCAUUCACUCCGCCUUGUUCCGUGAGGCACGGCGCGGCAUCAAUGAAGCCCCUGUUGGGGGUGGUGAUGACGAAGAAGAGCAAUCAUUCGAGCAAGUCAUCGCCGAUGGUAGCGAGGGGGCUGUGGCCGACUUCAUCCUGCGGGCGAUCACGAGGAAAAUUUCUCAGUUACUUUCGGUCGAUGUGGGCACGGUCGAUGAAAUCCUUGCUCUGGGCUUGGACUCCCUGGUUGCUGUUGAGUUGCGGAACUGGAUCUUGAAACGGUUCGAGGCGACGUUACAGUCGGCUGAUGUGCUGGUGAACCAAACUCCGCGUGCACUUGCGGAGAAAGUUGCCGCUCGAUCAAGCCUGGUCAAUGCUCUUGCUUAA